CCAGUGCCUCCCAGGCAGUGCUGCAGCAUUACUCGCCAGCUUGUCUCGCCCAAUCGCCUCAAACGGCUACAGAAAACCGCCUUGGCUGCAACAAGUCCCUGCAUCCUCCUCUGAGCCAACGGAAAAGCUGCAUAUAGGAAAAACAACACCGUUGAGCGGUGGAGCCUCUUUUUUUAAUUUUUUUUUUUUUUUUUGCAGUGGAGACUCUAAAUGGACAAGAGCUAUAAAACAUCCUCCCUUCGCUUUCUGAGAGAGCUUUUCUGUUGAGAACUUUUUCACUUUUUCCCCCCGUGCGCUCUGGCUUUUCCUCUUGGCGCUCCGUUACCCACGGUUACCCUGAGGGGAUUGUGAUUCGCUAGGAGCCGGGGAGGGAGUUUCCACGUGUCCUGGGUGUGUGUGUGUGUGUGUGUGUGUGAGUCAGAUGCAGUGUGUGUAUGUUGCUUUAAGACUCAACGAGGCUUCGCGAGGAGAAUCCACUUUGAGAUCAGAGAACACCAGCUAGAUUCCUCCUUUGCAAGCUCUUCAAAGAGCUUUUAGAUUAAAGCCCGGGCCACGGAGAUGACGGAGGAAUGAGUUUAUUUCAAGACAUGAGGUGCACAUAGGAGCUCCAAUCGCAUAAGACUUUCAGAGAGGCCAGGAUGGGGAAUUCAGAAAGCCAGUACAGCAUCCAGGGCCCCAAAGGCACAAGCUUUAUCUUCCCUGGGAAACAGAAGCCAUAUUCAUUGAAGCUCGGCUCAGCCAAAGAUGAAGUUCUGUCACCACACACGUGGUGGAAAAACGCUCCAGCAGGCUCAGGGUACAAGGCCAGGUGUGUUGGCCGUGGUUGUCUUUCUCCUCCUAAAAGCAGACAGCCUUACUCCGCCAGACACUGUGAUUAUGUCACCAAGGGAGCGAGGAGCAGCCCAAGUCAGCAUCGCUGGCAUCAGACCCCUGGAUGCGGUAUACCGAGGCGGCAUGUGUCAGAUGAUUAUGAGGAUAAUCCGUAUGGGGCAGAGCUUAAUGGGCACACCUUGAAUGGACAUGAGGACGAGCAUGAGGUUUUAGAGGAGCAGAGCAGCCCACGGGUGGUGAUCAAAAAGGACGGCAGUCUCAGGGUAGAGUUCACCAACACCUCAGGAAAUCCCCUCCUCCUGGACGGGACCUCUGGCCCCGUCCAGCUCCUCAAGUUCUCUCCCAAUCCGGAGUCUGCCUCCAACCCCAGUUUGCCUGGUUCUAGUGGCAGCAGACAGGAUGACACCCGCAGUGGUCCACCACCAGCCUCUACCUCCUCCACUGCCAGGACAAGCAAGGGGAGCUCACUGAGCUCUGAUGGCUCUUGGUAUGACUCUCCCUGGGGGCCCAGCACAGAGCUCUGUGAGCAGGACCAACCUGGCUCUGCCAGCAGAACGUUACUGCCCUCCCCCAUCCACCAACGCGACUCCUUCGCAGAACAGCCCCCACCCGUGUCCAUCACAGACCUUUACAGGGACCCCACAAUGUCCGCUACAUUUCCCACAGCCAGGGACUUGUCCUGCCAGAUGCAGGAGCCCCAGCCAGUCCAGAGGCCACAUCGAGCCUCUUUUGCAUCUGUCCUUGAUGUUCCUUUGGAGGAAGAAUGCCCGGAGGCCCGUCAGUACUCGUCAUACACCCUGCCCUGUCGUAGGCCCAAAGCUCACACCAUUGGCGAGAACUCGGACCAGUACCCUGACCGGGAGCAGCACCAGGAAGAGCCUGGAUCUGAUUUCAUCUUCCACAAGAAGGACUCCAUCAAAAACCGCAUCAGGCGCUUCAGUGACUGGACAGGGAGCCUCAGCCGUAAGAAGAGAAAAUCUCAGGAAACUAGGUACAAGGACUUGACCGAUGCCUUCGACAGUGGGGUUGACGGUCUGACUGCAGACACCAGCUCCCCCUCUCAGGUCUCUAGCCUGUGGUUCCCCGGAGCCUCCCGGGCUCAAUCUUCAGGAGCCAUUCACCAAACAACCAGCGACGCCGUCCGGCAAAACAUCUACGAGAACUUCAUGAGGGAGCUAGAGACGGGCACCGGACAGGGAGCAGGGUUAGGGGGCGACAGAAGAGACCCAUCCACUGGCACGGAGGAGGGCGACAGCAGCAGCGAGUCGGCCGAGGGAUCCCUGGAGGAGCUGGACCUUCAGUUCGAAAAGGAGCAGGGGGUGGUGAGACGGGCGGGCUGGCUUUCUUUCAAACCUCUCAUCACCCUGCACAAGGACAGGAAGCUGGAGCUGGUGACCCGCCGCAAGUGGAAGCAGUACUGGGUGACCCUGAAAGGAUGUACGCUGCUGUUUUACGAAACUUACGGUAAAGGCUCUCCGGAGCAGGAGCUGUCGCCUCGCUACGCCCUCUUGGCUGAGGACAGCGUUGUCCAGGCCGUUCCCGAACACCCCAAGAAGGAGAACGUGUUCUGCCUCAGCAACUCGUACGGUGACGUCUACCUCUUCCAGGCCAGCAACCAGACCGACCUGGAAAACUGGGUGACAGCCAUCCACUCUGCCAGUGCCUCGCUGCUGGCCAAGCGCCAGGGGAAGGAGGAUACGGUGCGUCUGCUGCGGAGCCAGGUCCGUGGCCUGCUGCAGAAAAUCGACAUGGACGGGAAGAUGAAGAAGAUGGCCGAGCUGCAGCUGACCGUAGUCAGCGACCCCAAGAACCGCAAGGCCAUUGAGAACCAGAUCCAGCAGUGGGAGCAGAACCUGGAGAGGUUCAACAUGGAUCUCUUCAGGAUGCGCUGCUACCUUGCCAGUCUACAGGGCGGGGAGCUGCCCAACCCAAAGGGCCUUUUGGCCAUCGCCAGCCGGCCCACCAAAACUACACUGGGACGCCUUGGGAUUUUCUCCGUCUCCUCCUUCCAUGCACUGAUUUGUUCCAGAGACGAAGCCACGGUCAGGAGGCGCUCAUUGUCCCUGACGCACAGACAGCGCAAAAGAGGUCUGUUCUCCUCGCUCAAAGGUCUCGACAACCUCACCAAGAGAGGCCGGGACAAGAGACCCUCUGCCUCCCAGAUCUUUGAGAGCGACGCUGGAGGUCAGACGUACGCCCUGCCCCCCAGGAGCACCGAGAGGCUCGACGUGCUGGCCAGCAUCUACUCCAUGUCGCCCCCCGAGGGCGGUGUUUGGGACAGCUUCGGAGACGUGCUGGUGUGUGUCUACAUGCCAGACGGCCUGACAGUACAAGUUCCCGUCAGACGAGACCAGACAGCCGCUGACCUUCUCUCUGCAGCCUGCAAGGUGAAACAGCUGGAGCCGAGGCUGCACUGCCUCCGAGCGCGCAGGCGACUGGGACAGGACGCCGAGGCUCGACACGUGCACCCGGGCGAGCUCCUCCGCGAUCUGGUCAACGAUCAGCUGGAGGUGGUCCCCGAUAAUGUGUUUACCCUGCACAUGAGCCGGCAGAGCGGCUCUGGAGACUUUGGGUUCGCAGUGACAGGACACAUAGACUUCCAGAAGAACAGCAGGAUAUUUGUCAGUGAAGUGCUUCCCGACGGACUGGCCUUCAAUGAAGGUCUGCGUCCGGGCGACGAGAUCCUAGUGCUGAACGGCCGCUGUGUGUCCGGUCUGGACCUGGCGUUGAUCCAGACGCUGUUCGCCGAACAGACCCUCCACCUGAGCCUGAGGCGGGACGGGCCCCCGCCGCCGAAUGCGUCCACAGAGCGCCCGACCCUUCAGCGCAAACGCAGCCUGGAGGUUCGCGGCAAGCACCACCGGGCCAAAUCCUCAUCAGAUGUGUGCACUGCAGCUGACGGGGCUGAGGCCCAGCACGUAGGACUGGAGAAUGGUCACUCCCACUGCGCACACAGGCCUGUUCAGCACAGCAAGAGCGUGGACACAGUGUGCACCCUCUACCAGUCGUUCCAGGAGGGGACGGGCUCAGGGACCGGGGGUUUGAUGGACGACACCAGGGAGGCUUCAGGGAGGCAGGGAGGGGGUGCCGGCUCGGGUCCUACAGGAGAGGCUGCCCUACUCAGACCUUGCCCCAAGCACAUGAGCGCCACCGAGAGGUUACGCAAGGUCAUCCAGGAGCUGGUGGACACAGAGAAGUCGUACGUGAAGGACCUGGCCUGUUUGUUUGAGAUCUACCUGAAACCGCUGCAGAAUGAAACCUUCCUCACUCAGGACGAGAUGGAGAGUUUGUUUGGCAGCCUGCCCGAGAUGCUGGACUUCCAGAGGGUCUUCCUGCAGACGCUGGAGGAGAGGAUCGCCUCCUCGCCUGACUUCAGCACCCUGGAAACCCCUUCCCAGUUCAAGAAACUGCUGUUUUCCCUCGGGGGUUCAUUCCUCUACUACGCUGACCACUUCAAGCUCUACAGCGGCUUCUGCGCCAACCACAUCAAGGUCCAAAAGGUCUUGGAGAGAGCUAAGACGGAUCAGGCGUUCAAAGAAUUCCUGGAUGCGAGGAACCCCACCAAGCAGCACUCCUCCACUCUGGAGUCGUACCUGAUUAAACCGGUGCAGAGGGUGCUCAAGUACCCCCUGCUGCUGAGGGAGCUGGUCUCCCUCACCGACGCCGACAGCGAGGAGCACUACCACCUCACCGAGGCUCUGAAGGCCAUGGAGAAGGUGGCCAGCCAUAUCAAUGAGAUGCAGAAGAUCUACGAAGAUUACGGCUCUGUGUUCGAUCAGCUGGUUGCUGAGCAGACUGGCCACGAUAAAGAGGUCACAGAGAUUUCUAUGGGAGAGUUUCUCAUGCAUUCCUCAGUGGUCUGGCUCAACCCCCUCCCAUCGCUGGGCCGCAUGAGAAAAGACCCUGAGAUGACCGUGUUUGUGUUCAAGAAAGCGGUGAUAUUGGUCUACAGGGAAAACAACAAGCUGAAGAAAAAGAUGACCAACCCGCGUUCGGCGCUUUCUCACGGUGAUUCGGACCCCUUCAAGUUCCGCUGGCUCAUCCCGCUCUCUGCGCUGCAGGUCAGGCUGGGAAAUGCUGCAGGAACAGGCACUGAAAGCAGCUGCAUCUGGGAGCUCAUUCACUCCAGGUCUGAAGUGGAAGGGAGACCGGAGACGGUGUUCCAGCUGUGCAGCAGUGUGCCGGAGAGCAAGGUCAGCAUCGUCAAGGUGAUUCGCUCCAUCCUCAGGGAGAACGUGAGGAGGACCAUGAGGUGCGAUGGCACGCUGGAGAGGAGCUGUAAGGAGCGCCUGGCUCCUCUGCGCAACACCCGGCCCUCCUCCGCCAAGCUGGGUUCCUCCAGAGCUUCCUGGCUGUGUAAGCCGCCGCUUGGAGAGCCGCCCAGCCAGGGAGGAAACGGCAAACUGGCUCCAGACUCGGAUGAAGGAAGCCUAAGCAGUGGAACCUUCAGUAUGUCUGGGGCUCCUCCAGCUCCCUCCUCCGACUCCCAGACCGCCCCUGUUCCGCAGAACUGGCCCCAGCCACAAGGCUCCGACUCCCAAGCCCGCCCCGCCUCUGUGAAGGAGUCGGACAUUCUAAGCGAUGAGGAUGACGAUGGUUUUAGUGAGGAGAGAACAAGGAGGGACAGCGGAGAUGGCCACUCCCCAGCUAGUGCAAUCGAGGUUCAGUUCCUCCAACUUAAACUGUCGGAGGACGCUGUGCCAAAGAGCUCACCGGCCCCCUGCGUCCAGCCCGAGGCGGUCGGGGACACUCCGGAGAUCCAGCCCAAGCUAACGCGGGGACACGUCAGCGCUGUCCACAGGAAAGUCAACAGUUUCAGGAGGAGCCAGGGUGCACUGUUGAACAUGAACCAGCAGAGCAGGUCACUGGACAGCCAGGCGGAUGCAGCGUCGGCGUCUGCGGAUCUCAACACGCUGCUGGAGAGAGAGUUCAGCGUCCAAAGCCUGACUUCUGUAGUGAACGAGGACUGUUUCUAUGACCCGGCUGAGAGCUGUGCCACCGACUCUGAAAAUGCCACCUCCUCGUAGGGGCCAGUAUGUGCAGAGCAGAGCAGAAUAUAUUAUACUGUAUCUGGCCCUCAAGUUAGUGGCCAUGAAGGUGAGGGGGGGGGGGUCUGACUGAAGGCUCUGCCAGGGUGACUGUGAAGCUUUCUCACACCCGCCUGUAAAAGGUUAGACAUAAAUGAUCUGAUCUGAUGGAGGCCUGUUGGCUGGCAGACUAGGCUUCUCCCUUAGUGAGGCGUACUGCGGUGAUUUCUGUCCCAGUGAUAAUGACUGCAAUGAAUCUGCCAAGCACUGAUGUGUGCCCGCGCUCCCCUCAGCUCUCAAACCUUCUGAGUGGCAUAUUCCGUUCAAGUUUCGCCCUCGCAGCUCGCACUGAUCGGCAGUUUUUAUUUGAUUUUCAACCUUUUAUGUGAAGGAAUGAGGUGUACGUCCUUGUCCGCCAGUCCCAAACGCAGAAAGAGGGGGUGAAGUCUGCACCAGGUGUAUAUUUAGCCACGGGAUACUGAGAUGAAUUAAGUUUCUCAGGCAGGCAGACAGGCUGGUGAAUGGGCACAGUUUGCCAGGCAGCAGGCGUCCACAUGAGAUCAGCAUUGAAUCAUAUACGAUUUCACAGAAUAAAACACUGUCGGUCACUGCUAGUAUAAAUAGGAGGCACUGAGGAAAGGAAGAAAAAAAAAAAAAAAAGCUUCACAGACAUAUGAAGAUCCACCUAAAGAGCUGCAGUGGUCAGGUCAGACUUCCCGAGAGGUGCCGUUAGCUCCCCCAGACAGGAAGGAGGCCGACUUGCAUAACAAAGCCUUUCUUGCUGUAUUUUGUGCACUAAAGUACACUGUUUGCCUAUAUAUUUGAAAUAUUUUGUACCUGUACAGGUUUUAAUGUUAUUACUGCUGUUUUUAUUUAUUACUAGGUUUGAUUACGUUAUAUUAUCAUAGCUGAGAAACCUUUUUGGGUGAAGGCUUGAACUCUUGGCUACGUAUUUGAUCGCCUCUUGAACAAUAAUAAUAAUAAUAAAAAGUUAAUACAGUUUGAUGUUUAUUCAUUUUAAAUGUAGCCUACUGGAUUUGGUUGUGUUUCGCUGAAGACUGUAAUUUCCAGCGUAUGCAUUGGAAUGUACAAGCUUUUCUAAGAUUGACUGAUUGACUUACAUCGCAAUAAUGUUUAAAGCCCAAAUGUUUCUUUUUAUGUUUAUACGUAUCCUGUACAUACAUAAUCUUUUCUAUCUUUGAAACAUUUAUGUAUUCUCAUACAUACUUGACACUGUACAGGUGAGAAACAAGGCAGGAAUUAAUGCAAUAAAUGCAGCUGAUAUUUUUUUAAACCUCGUUUGCCACAGCAUAAAGUACACACUGAGGUACAUUUAAAAAAAUAAAAUAAAAUAAAAAAUAAUGGCAAACUACAUAAUUUACCCUUUCAGCUCUACUUUACAUGCCUUCAAUGCUAGCAUACCAAUGAAUGUGAAUGCUCCGUUCUUAUGGAAUUGUUUUCUAAAUAAAAGUUUUUAUCUGUGAAUGAUA